CGUAGCGAAAUAUUCUUUAUUGUGCUGAUUGCGUUUUUACUUCUUACAUGUCACAUUAUUUAACAAUAUAAUUUGAUAUAAAAGCGCGAAUUAGGACAAAGUUACGGUGCAAACAGUCUAUAUAAAACAACCUGUCUAGUAACUUAAAAAAUGCCGGCGUAAAUUGCGUUACAAACAUGAACGAGUUUACACUUAAAACAAUUGCUCCAGAUUUGGUACCAGCCAACUACCUUUCAGUUGCGAACGGCGCCCGUGUUCACCGGGAUAAACAAAUCAAAACGUUACUGGAAAAGAAAAAGCUUCCGGAAAAUGGAUGGGAUAACGCCUCCAUAGAAUAUUUUAUCAGUGAACUAUCCUUGAUGGAUAGUAAUAAUUUCAUAAAACCCUGCGGAAUUGGAGAGCGUGAAGGUAGAAUUAUUUCGGAACUGGUUCGUAGACGACACUACAACUUUGCUCACGGGAUAGGCCGAUCGGGUAAUUUAACUGAGCCGCAACCGAAAGCAGCCGGUUCUACACUGAUGAGCAAUCUUACUAAUUGCUUACUGCUCGAUUUGAUACGAGAAAUGGGUAUAAAAAGUUGUAAGGUGGCUAUUCUUAUUCCGCUGGCGACUGGAAUGACGGCAAUGCUAACUUUAUUAUCGUUGAAAACAAAUCGACCAGAAUCUAGAUAUGUGCUGUGGUCUCGAAUCGAUCAAAAAUCAUGCUUGAAAAGUAUAACAACAGCCGGUCUGACUCCGGUUGUUAUCGAUACUGUCCCUCGACAUGAAAAUGGCCAUGACAUAUUCGGAACUAACGUUAGCGAAUUUCGCUCUAAAGUUGAAGAGCUUGGAGCCAGUAACAUUUGUUGUGUCCUGUCUACAACCAGUUGUUUUGCACCUCGAACUUGCGAUAACAUCAUCGAGCUGGCCCAGCUUUGCAAGGAACAUGACAUUCCACACAUAGUAAAUAAUGCUUACGGUCUGCAGAGCACAUAUCUGACGCAUCAGAUAGAACAAGCCGGUCGACUUGGUCGUGUAGAUGCAUUCAUCCAGAGCACUGAUAAGAAUCUGCUAGUGCCAGUCGGUGGGGCAAUUAUAGCGGGAUUUGAGAAAGCAUUCCUUGAUCAAAUUUCAGCAUCAUACCCCGGAAGGGCGUCGGGUUCACAAACCAUAGAUGUACUCAUAACUUUACUCUCGUUGGGGAAAAACGGUUACUUGAAGUUGACCGCCGAGCGUAAGGAGCUUCAUCGGUACCUAUCGGAGCAGUUGCACCAGAUUGCUGUACAUUACGGAGAAUCGCUGGUAUUUGGUAAAAAUCCUAUUUCAAUGGCAUUGACUUUGAAUCAUUUCAAGUCCAAUGUCGAUAUGCUCGGUGCUAUGCUGCAUCUUAAAGGAGUUACGGGAUGUCGGGUAGUGAAUUCAAAGGAUUGUAAAACUAUAGUUGGACGUACUUUUCAAGCAUGGGGUGCCCACAGCGAUCUCGCCUCAGAACCGUAUCUGACGGCUAGUGCUGCCAUCGGCAUCAGCCGCCAAGAAAUCGAUACCUUUCUUCGCAAGUUGAGGAACAUUUUUGGAGAUUUGAAGAAGGCUGACGAAGCAACGAUUACGACUGAUGUUCUGGACAAAGAAAAGAAAAACUAAAUAUAACUACCCGAACAUUGAUCUAUAAUCUAAAAGUUCUGUGAUGUUAGACAAUCAACAUUCUUAAUAUAUUUACCAAAUUUGGCAAAG